AUGGAUGGGAAUGAGUUUGGUGGUUUAAAAGGCAUUGGAUUUAGGAUAAGAAAGAAAGCUCUUGAUGCAUUAGAGGGUGCGGGAUUUGGGAUAGAAAAGCGAGCUCUUGAUGCAUUAGAGGGUGCAGGAUUCGGAAUGAAGAAACGAGCACAUGAUGGAAUAGAAGGAUUUGGGUUAAGAAAGCGAGCUCUCGAUGCAUUAGAGGGUGAGGGAUUUGGGAUGAAGAAACGAGCACUUGAUGCAUUAGAAGGUGCAGGAUUUGGGUUAAGAAAGCGAGCUCUCGAUGCAUUAGAAGGUGCGGGAUUUGGAUUCAGUAAGCGAGCUCUUGAUGCAUUGAAGGGAUUUGGAAUGGAAAAGCGAGCUCUUGAUUCAUUGGAAGGUGAAGGAUUUGGGUUAAAAAAACGAGUUCUUGAUCAAUUAGAAGGUGAAGGAUUCGGAAUGCAAAAACGAUCUCUUGAUACAAUACAAGGAACGGGAUAUGGGAUAAAAACGAAAUUGAAUGCUUUGGAAAAUGAUGGAUAUGAUCGAAUGCAAAAUCGUCCUUUCGAUUCUUUUGGUUAUAGGACCAAAACAUUUCAUACUAAUCGUUAUUCCACAAAUGGAAGGCAUUCUCAUCCGAGCAGGACAUCCAUUUCUACCGCAAAAUUCCUGAAAUGAAUUAUGAAUAGAGUGAUGUCAUGGAACAAUUCAAUAUACGACAACUAUCCUACAUGAUCUCAAAAUGUAAAAUGUUUCCUUCUCAUUUCCAUCCAUUCCUUUUAAUGAAUAUGAUAAAUACUUUUCCGCCUA